AUGCCCAACGAUUUGUUGGACGGCUACGAGAAGACAUCCGUAGUAUUGGUGCAACUCUUCCAAACUAUUCAAGCUCUUAAAUACAACAAUGUUGAGGUUUUCUCAAGCUUAUGUGUACUAAAACUGAAGCAAAUUGCUUGUUCACCAGUGUACUGCUCAGAAGAUGAGAAACAAAUAUUAAUAGAAAAUGACCAAGAAGAUUGCAACGAUUCUGUCAGGAAAUG